GUUGCAGGUUGGAGGAAGUAGGUGCUUGAAUUUCUUACUGCUCUGCCGGACAGGCAGGUUGUCUUGUGAAAUGUUCCGGAAGACAGGACAUGUUGUGACCCACAUACACUUGAGUGUGUCUGCCAAGAGUCCAUGUGUUGGAUACCUUCUCUGAGGCACGAAGAAAGCAAAAGCUCAGUCUGACUAUGGCAUUUGGAGGUGGUACCUUGGAAGGAAACUAGCAGGGGUCAGACCGGAAUGAUAUAUAUGUCCCCAGCUCUUGCCAUGUGCUGCACUGGGAUUCUGCUAGUAAGGUCAUCGUGGGAUGUGACUGACCCCUUGUCUGUGGAACAGAACUGACCUAUACCCAUGUGGAGAUGCUCUGAAGAAUAGCAGCGACCUCAGGAAUGUCUAUUGCCAUACAAUGACUAGAACAAAUUCCCUCAUCUUCUAUUGUGUCAUUGUCUUAGGACUGACAUUUAUCAAAAUCCAGUUAUCUGACGAAAGUGAGAUUAUCGUUAAGAGGCCAAAUGCAAACCUUACCAGUGUGCCCAAGGACCUACCCUUGCGAACAACUACUUUAGAUAUAUCACAAAACAAGAUAUCUGAGCUUUGGACUUCUGACAUCCUCUCAUUGUCUAAGCUGAAGGUCUUGAUAAUGUCCUACAACAGACUCCAGUAUCUUAAUAUCAGUGUUUUCAAAUUCAACAUGGAGCUGGAAUAUUUGGAUUUGUCCCACAAUGAGUUAAGGGUGAUCUCUUGCCACCCAGCAGCCAACCUCAAACAUUUAGACCUUUCCUUUAAUGCAUUUGAUGCCCUGCCCAUAUGCAAAGAGUUUGGCAACAUGUCCCAACUACAAUUUCUGGGAUUGAGCGGUUCUCAUGUACAAAAUUCAAGUGUGCAGCUGAUUGCUCAUUUGAACAUCAGUAAGGUUUUGCUGGUGUUAGGACACACUUAUGGGGAAAAAGAAGACCUCACGUGUCUUCAGCACAUUAGCACUGAGAUCCUGCAUAUCAUUUUCCCAUCGGGAAGAGAAUUUCGUUUUCUUGUGGAUGUGUCUGUCAGCACUAUGAUCAGUUUGGAAUUGUCUAACAUCAAGUGUGUGCUUGAAGACAAGAACUGUUCUUACUUCUUACCUGCUUUGUCAAAACUUAGAAAGAAUCUGAAGCUCUCAAAUCUUAUCCUGAACAAUGUGGAAACAACGUGGGAUUCCUUCAUUAAUAUCCUCCAGUUGGUUUGGCAUACACCAGUCAAGUAUUUCUCAAUUUCAAACGUGAAGCUACAAGGUCAACUUAUCUUCAAAAGGUUCAAUUAUUCUGGUACUUCUCUGAAGGCUUUGUCGAUACAUGAUCUUGUCACUGAUGUAUUUAGCUUUCCCCAAAGUUUCAUAUACAGUACCUUUUCCAAUAUGAACAUCCAAAACUUGACAAUAUCUGGGACACACAUGGUCCACAUGCUUUGCCCAUUCCAAGUUAGCCCAUUUCUGCAUUUGGAUUUUACAGAUAACCUUUUAACAGACACGGUUUUUAAGGAUUGUAGAAACUUAAUUGGAUUGAAAACACUUAGCUUACGAAAGAAUCAGUUAAAAAACUUUGAAAAUAUAAUUCUUAUGUCUGCGGAGAUGACAUCCCUACAAAAACUAGACAUUAGCCGGAAUUCUCUAACGUACAGUGAUGGGGAAAACCAAUGUUCCUGGCCCCAGAGUUUGUUAGUUUUAAAUUUGUCUUCAAAUUUGCUUACAGGCUCUGUCUUCAGAUGUUUACCUCCCAAGGUCAAGGUCCUUGACCUUCACAACAACAGGAUAAUGAGCAUCCCUGAAGAUGUCACCCGCCUGCAAGCUUUGCAGGAACUCAAUGUAGCAUCCAAUUCUUUAACUGACCUUCCUGGAUGUGGGGCCUUCAGCAGCCUUUCUGUGCUGGUCAUCGACCAUAACUCAGUUUCCCACCCCUCUGAGGAUUUCUUCCAGAGCUGUCAGAAUAUUAGAUCCUUAUCAGCGGGGAAUAACCCAUUCCAAUGCACAUGUGAGCUGAGGGAGUUUGUCAAAAACAUAGGCCAGGUAUCCAGAGAAUUGGUGGAGGGCUGGCCUGAAUCUUACAGGUGUGACUACCCAGUAAGCACUAAGGGAACCCUACUGCAGGACUUCCACAUGUCUCCACUAUCCUGUGAUACCAUUCUGCUGACUGUCAUCAUCGGGGCCACUAUGCUGCUGCUGGCUGCCACUGGGGCCUUCUUCUGUCUCUACUUUGAUCUGCCCUGGUAUGUGAGGAUGCUGUGUCAGUGGACACAGACCAGGCACAGGUCCAAGAACAUCCCCUUAGAGGAACUCCAGAGAAAGCUCCAGUUCCAUGCUUUUGUCUCAUACAGUGGGCUUGAUUCUGCUUGGGUGAAGAACGAAUUACUACCAAACCUAGAGAAAGAUGACAUCCGGGUUUGCCUCCAUGAGAGAAACUUUGUCCCUGGCAAGAGCAUUGUGGAGAACAUCAUCCACUUCAUUGAGAAGAGUUACAAGUCCAUCUUUGUGCUGUCUCCCCACUUCAUCCAGAGUGAGUGGUGCCAUUAUGAACUCUACUUUGCCCAUCACAAUCUCUUCCAUGAAGGCUCUGAUAACUUAAUCCUGAUCUUGCUGGAGCCCAUUCCACAGUACUCCAUUCCUACCAAUUAUCACAAGCUCAAAACUCUCAUGGCACGGAGGACCUAUUUGGAAUGGCCGACAGAGAAGAACAAACAUGGACUCUUUUGGGCAAACCUAAGAGCAUCUAUUAAUGUUAAGCUGGUUAACCAGGCAGAAGCAACGUGUUACACACAGCAAUAAGAAUGUUCACCCCAUCGGUAUUGCUGCUCUGGGAGUUCUAAUAAUGGUACCAUUUGUAUCAGCAAGAACAUAAAAAUGAUUCUGACUUUAUGAUGUGGGAAUUUGUGCUUUUUAGCCCGAGUUUGCCACUAGUGUUUGCUAAUAGAAAUUAGCGGGAUACUAUAAUUUGGGUUGAAAUCAUUCAUUUCCUUUUUCUUUUUUUUUCAAGACAGGUUUUAUUUGUUUUUUAAGACAUAGUUUAUUUGUGUAGUCUUCCCUGUCCUGGAACUUGCUCUGUAGAGCAGACUGCCCUUAAACUCACAGAGAUCCUCCGGUGUCUGCCUCCUGACAACUUGCAUUUAAAAAAAUUGUUUUCUGUUAUAGGUGUCUUGCCUGCAUGCAUGUCUGUGUACUGUGUACAUGCCUGUGUUUCAGAGGCUACUGAAGGGCAUUAGAGUCAUUGGAACUGCAGUCAUGGACAGCUGUUAGCUGCCAUUGCGUGCAGGGACUUGAACCUGGGUCCUCUGCAAGAGUAGCUAGCGCUCUUAAUUGCUAAGUCAUCACUCCAGGUCCCUUCAAACACUUAAGGGAUCCAUUUGUUCCUUUUGCUAUAAUUACAUUUAUUAAAUUUACCAUGGAAUCAGAAAAAGAAGCCCUUUCCUCUGCAGAUGUGUGUAUUUCUGUGUGCCUGGUCAACAGUAGAAAACUCCAACUCCA